AUGUCCGCGGCCAUGGCGCUGCAUAAUUUGGAACUGCUGAUUUCUGGAAACUCAUCUCUGAGAGGCCUUAACUUACCAUGCGUACUCGAGGAGUUAAACCAGAUCAUCCUGCCGCGUGCUUUUCUAACUGGCUCACGUCUGACCGCGGUCGAUCUGCUAUUGGCGUCGGACUUGCGUCAGUCUUUGGUAAGUACAAUUGCUAACUAUGCUCAACUUGAAGGAGUCACUGUCGCCCCCACAACAGGAAGCACUUGGAAGUCAUGUAUCUUCAUUACUAGUCAACUAUCAUCGUCUGUUGCGAACCUGGAGAUCCAGGUGCCCCCGAUGGAUUUCCAGAACAAGUUUAUUCUUGCUCCUAUGGUGAGAAUUUCCACCCAUCCUAUGCGACUCAUUGCGCUGCGGUAUGGAGCUGACUACGUUUUUUCAGAGGAACUUAUCGACCAACGUGUGAUUCGCUCGAAACGUGUUGUAAAUGACAAUCUGAACACGAUUGAUUUUAUCCUACCAGACGGUACAGUCACAUUUCGUACAUCUCCUGAAGAACGCGGUCGUGUCAUUGCCCAACUGGGCACAGCAAAAGCGGAAAGUGCGUUGGAGGCAGCCCGUCUUCUUGAAAAUGAUGUGACAGCAAUCGAUGUUAAUAUGGGUUGCCCAAAAGAAUUCUCAAUGAAAGGUGGCAUGGGUGCCGCACUUUUGAAGAAACCGGAUCAGGUGAAAAGUAUACUAACUGCUUUGACGAGUAACUUGCGCGUACCGGUCACGUGCAAAAUUCGAAUCCUUCCUGAACUAGAAGAUACGAUUCAGUUGGUCCGAUUGAUUGAGUCGACCGGCGUGGCCGCGAUCACAGUACAUGGUCGUACAAUUCAAGAACGUCCACAACACCGAAAUCACGACGAGGUGAUUCGAGAAAUCGCUAAAGCCCUAUCCAUCCCAGUGAUUGCCAACGGUGGAUCUAAAGAUACGAUAACCAAAUACGAAGAUAUCGAAUUUUUCCGUCAGCAAACUGGCGCUUCUAGUGUGAUGAUUGCUCGAGCAGCGAUGUGGUACCCAGCCAUAUUCUGUCCACCUAAUGACGAAGGUUCACCACCUCCACUACACGAUAUUAUUCGUGAAUACCUCGUUCUGGCAAUGCGGUACGGACACCAUAUCAACGGUGCGAAGUAUUGUAUCCAACAGAUGCUUCAUCGUGAAGGUGACACUCCACUGUUUCUAGACACCCUCGCUGCCGUUGAUUUGGAACAGUUGUGUUCUGUUUGGGGUGUUUUAGACAAAUGCCGUGAGGCGAAACGGCACAAGGCUAAACUUCGCGCUGUCCAAGAUCACACCAGUCUGCAACCUGACUCGGAAUUGUCCGAGACCAAACGUUCUCGGCUGGAUGCGAACGAGCACGGAGCGGAUUCGGACCAGUUAAUCACCUAUCAUAUCCCAUUUGAACGUCGAUAUUGGCCUAUCCACGGUAUCACACCAAAACAAAUUCUCAUUGCUUACUGUCAGAAACAGAAAAUUAAACCGCCGGAUUUCCAUACAAUCGAGGAGCGUAGUGCCCGUCUGUUCUUUUCUACCGCGACAAUAAACAACAUCCGUUACCAUAACACAUUCGGUUGCAAAUCAAAGAAAUUCUCUGAACAAGCCGUGUCCCUGGUGUGUCUCAAAGCUCUCGGGAUUCCCGACGGUCGGCUUCCGACUAACACUUGA